AUGGCUAACGAACGCGAGAGCAAGACUUUCCUCGCCCGGCUCUGCGAGCAGGCUGAGCGCUACGAUGAAAUGGUCACCUACAUGAAGGAAGUUGCCAAGCUCGGUGGUGAGUUGACCGUCGACGAGCGGAAUCUUCUCUCGGUUGCCUACAAGAACGUCGUUGGCACCCGCCGUGCCUCUUGGCGCAUCAUCUCCUCGAUUGAGCAGAAGGAGGAGUCCAAGGGCUCCGACAAGCACGUCUCUACCAUUCGCGAGUACCGCCAGAAGAUUGAGGCCGAGCUUGAGCGUGUCUGCCAGGAUGUUCUCAACGUCUUGGAUGACUCUUUGAUCCCCAAGGCCGAGUCUGGCGAGUCCAAGGUCUUCUACCACAAGAUGAAGGGUGACUACCACCGUUACCUCGCCGAGUUCGCCUCGGGUGAGAAGCGCAAGGUUGCGGCCACUGCCGCUCAUGAAGCCUACAAGAGCGCCACCGACGUUGCUCAGACUGAGCUCACGCCCACUCACCCCAUCCGCCUCGGUCUCGCGCUGAACUUCUCGGUCUUCUACUACGAGAUCUUGAACUCCCCUGACCGUGCUUGCCAUUUGGCCAAGCAGGCCUUCGAUGACGCGAUUGCCGAGCUUGACUCGCUAUCCGAGGAGUCUUACCGCGACAGCACCCUCAUUAUGCAGCUGCUCCGGGACAACCUGACUCUCUGGACCUCGUCUGACGGUGGCGAGCCUGAGGCCGCCGCUGCUGAGCCCGCCAAGGAGGCCGAGAAGCCCGCCGAGCCCAAGUCGGAAGCCCCGGCUGCCGAAGCCCAGGAGGAGGCCGCUCCCGCCACCGAGUCUUAA